GAUGGCGCAAAAUAAACCUAUAGGAUCCAUUGUAGUAUCAUACGAAAGCCCAUACAGAAUUAAUUCAGAUUCUGUAAAUACAUUUGAAAAAUUCUCGGUGUUUGCAAAAUUUCAGCCGUCCACUUUCUCUAUGAUAUUUCAAUCGUUCACUACCUCUAUUCGAGAAAGCUGGGUUCAUGUGGGAAAAUGAAAAAGGAGCGCCAUGCAGUUGUUUCCAAUGUAUGGUAGAAAAAUCUAAUACUUCAGAUAUUAUGACAUUUUGAAUUUCUAUCAAGUUGACUCUGCAGAUGUCUGCAGAACCCGAAAAGAAAGCGAAGAUAAACCACGACCACUUCCGAGACCAUUUUCGCCAGUGUAAACAACUCAAUGUAUCAGACAUAGAUAUCGAGCAUUUCAACAAACAAUCACUUGAGAGCUACCAGCCAAAAUUACAGCACAUAUCUCAAAAUCAUUGCGCGAAAAAGUGUCUUUCUUUUGGUUUAAACCCAGCGAAGACGUGGAAAGUCACAACACUCGCUGGAGUUGCUGGAUUUUAUUUGAUUCAAAACUCCUUUCACAAUUUCUCAAAGUGGUUUUGGAUCUUGAGAUCUCUGGUCGACUUUACUAAGUUCCCGAUCAAAUCUAAUCUCACUGCUGAAGCAGCAUUGGGUUCACAUCGGUUUCCAUGGCAGCAUUACGACCCUAAUUUUUCGAAAACAAAAUCAUCAAACGAGAAGAAACAACCGAUUGAGAGAUUAAGAUGGACGACUUUGGGGUACCAGUAUAACUGGGAGACCAAGAAGUACUAUGCUGGACACUACAUUGACUUUCCCGAUGAUCUGGCCUCGCUCUGUCGCUUUUUUGUCCAGUCAGUGGGUUUGGAUGAAGAUAAACAGUAUAACCCUGAGACUGCAAUUGUGAAUUUUUAUCCAGAGGGCUCGACACUAGGAAUUCAUUGUGACAACUUAGAAUGGGACAGCACCUCUCCCUUGGUUUCAAUCAGCCUGGCUCAUUCUGCUAUAUUUUUAUUGGGCGACGCAGACAGAACUCGUGAACCAAUCAGACUGUUGCUCAAUUCAGGAGAUGUCGUCAUUAUGACUGACAGUUGUCGGCAAAGAUUUCACGCCGUACCAAAAAUCUUUACAACUGACAAGAUGGACAAAAUUGAUUUUGAACGUUCAAAAGAAGAUUUUCUUCGUAACUUGAAUGAAACUUUAUGUACAUGCGGCGAAGAAACGCAAACGAGCUGUAAAGCUGUGACUAAAAGUUUGAUUUUUGAUCGAGUUGACCAUUUUUCGACUGAAGAUGUCAUAAAAGCAGUGGAAUAUAUUAGAACUCGUAGAAUAAACUUAAAUGUGAGACAGUUGAAAAAAUUAACUGAUGAUGUUCCUUUGAAUUGUGAUGAAAUUGAUCCACGUUUAAAUUCUGUUGAUGGGAGUAGUCCUUGAAUUGUGUAAAUGAA